AUGGAUCCUUUUAUGAUUCGUGGAGCUUCGUUCACAUUAACUCAACGUCAAACUCAAACCGUUUCUCAGCAAUCUCACUCGAACAGAAUGCCGCUUCAAAGUUCUUCAACAGCAUUGGUAUCUGAAAACAAUAAUGAUAUUAUUAGUACACUUUCUGUACAAACACAAUCUUUAAAAUUAUUAUCUCAAAAAUCUAUGACUUUGUUAGAAUUAACACGACUCUUAGAAACAUGGGAAGAUCCUCACGCUACCACAGAGACGAUAGAUGCAAAAGAAAGAAUCACGAAUUGUUUUAAACAACGUUCAGAUCUUUUGGAUUUAUCAUUUCUUUCUCUAACUACUCUUCCUGAUGUUUUCGGAGGAAUGCAACAUGUAUGUUAUUUGUCGAUUUCCAACAAUAGUUUUUCAGAAAUACCACAAUUUUUAACUAAACUAACUUCCUUAAAACUAUUAAAUGUUUCUAAUAAUAUAUUGUCCGAGGUGCCCGAUUUUAUCAAGGAAUUCAAAUACUUGGAAUGGUUUAAUGCAGAGUGUAAUCAGCUUGAAAAAGUUACAGAAGAAUUAGGACAUUUGCCAAAACUUCAAACUUUAAUGUUGACUCAUAAUCGUAUUCUAAAACUUCCUGAAAAUAUUCAUCAUAUAAAAGAUCUUAAAGUAGAAGACCAAGUUCCACUGGCAUCUUUUAUCGACUUUUCUCCUGAAUUCGCAGCAGGCUGGGAAGAAACUUAUCAACAUGAAGGGACAUCAGGUUAUUUUGAAAUAUGGUUAGCACGUUAUGAAGAAAUGCUCAGACUGCCAAGAGCUGAAAAAUAUCGUCAAGCGUUUAAACAGCGUAUUAGUACAUUGCUAGAUGCGAUGGUGAACAAUCUAGAAUUACGUAAACUGUGUUAUGAUAAAGCACGUGAUGUUGUUGCAACGUCUCAUGAUGGUAUUUUAUUUGCCCUAUUUGAAAUGGAAAUCAAACAGGUUGAACAACGAAUAAUUGAAGCACAAUUAUCUGAUGAGAAAGUUCGUCAAGAAGUUGAGCGAGUCUUUAAUUUUUAUCGUUUACAAGAACUUGCUUUAUUAUGCGCACAAAAAGGUUCAUAUAAAAACAAUGCAACUGCGGAAGAAGCAAUAGUCGAUGCACAAGAAACGGUGUUGUUUUUUUACAUCUCUCCUGAAAAUACUUUGGAAAUGCCAUUGGAUCACGACGUACCAUGUUUUAUGUAUCAACCAGAUAUGGCUUUAGCAAAUCAUCAUGACGUAGCAAAAGCAGUCGUACAGAUUCGACGCGAAAAAAUUCAACUUGGACCUGAUUAUUUGAUUAAUUUUGUUUUGGAUAAGGAAUAUUGGAUUAAAUAUUUAUCGAAACAUUACGCAAAUUUCAUCACAGAACAUACACAAGUUUUUGUAGAUCAAAUGGAAGAAAUAGAAGCAAAAAAAGACAAGAUUAAUGAAUAUGAUUAUCUCAUACAGAUGAAUGCUUUAGUCGCCGAAAAGAAUCAAUCGGAACGAAAAUUGUAUUAUCAAUUGACUAAGAAUAUUGUUGCAGAUUGA